GGAGUGACUUGAAACGGGUUUUGUUCGUGGUGAUCUUAGUUAUCCUCACAACUUCAAAAGUUUUAGACGAGAUUUUAAGAUGGGAAUCAAAGAUACAUUCCGAAUACAUAUUUUGCUCAUCUUUGCCAUUAGUAUUGCAUGGAGUUUGUCCCUGUAUCCAGCUAGCUGUCCUGAGCCAAAAGUCCAGGAAAAUUUCGAUAUUGAAAGGUUCAGUGGACUUUGGUACGAAGUGCAGAGGACGUUUGCAUUGGUUGAAGGAGGAUUGAAAUGUGCCACAACUGUUGUGAGUGGUGCGAGCAACAAGAAAAUGAGAGCAACAUUUCGACGAAAUGGAAUUAACAUACUGAACAGACGGGUAACAUUAAUGAGAGGUUAUCUUCACACCCCUGAUGCCAAAGCUCCAGCCAAGUUGGAACUUGUCAUGGGUCCACUGUCCCUUUUUCUCCGAUAUCGCGUCAUCGAUACUAAUUACGAUGACUAUGCUGUUGUGUGGGGCUGUUUCGAAUCACCGAAAUACAGUUCAAUCCUUGGACAUACAGAGAAUCUGUGGAUCCUGUCUCGAAAUAAAACUAUAGGAGAAGAAUUCAAACAGAAAAUUUAUGGCUACCUGGAUAGCAUAAAUGUCAGCCGAGCUGGACUUGUGGACACUAAUUUUGAAAACUGCACUUCUCAACAAUAUUCAGGUUAACAACUGUAACUCUACGAUUGUCUUCAUUCAAACAUAUAAUUUAUUAACUUAUUUAUAAAAUCAUUGAGAAUGGUGGAUAUGUUCAUCUUUUAUACAGCAAGACAAAGCCAAGAAAACAAGGCCCUACAUUUUGAAAAUAGAAAAAGGAAAACGCAUGGAUUCAUAAUUUCCUCAGCUAGAAAUUUUGAAAUAUACAUACCCAAGCAAAAGAAACUAAUUUUUAAUAUUCUAGUUCUCUAAAAUCGUUUGCUGGAUAAUGCUUUACUCUUGCAACUCUCUGCCGAUUCCAUUUACUUUAUAGAAUUUGUUGAACAAAAUCUCAGAGUUGGCAAUCUCAGAGUCACCUUGUAAUUCUGCAAUCGCACAAACCGUAUCAUCUCUCUAAGCCUAAAUCUCGCUGCUAAGAAUUUAUUCCUGAAGCAGUCAUGAUAUUUAAAAAACUAAACUAAAACUCCAUUUUGAAAUUCAGAUGGUGUUAAUACUAUCAAUAGUAAAAACGAAGUAUUCACAGAUCCCCAGAAGAAUCAAAAAGUUGUUCUAAUAAUUCUCAUUCAUUUACGUAUAAAUUUUAUAAAAUAAAAAUCCAGUAUAUCCCCGA